GAAUCUAUUUCAGAAGUUCAAAAUGAAGAUAUUAGUGUUUGUUCUUCUCCUCUUAGCUCUUGAGUCGAAUGGGCGGAGGGGAGGCGGAGGAAGUAGAGGAGGCGGAGGAAGUAGAGGAGGUGGCGGAGGCUUCUUCAGCAGAUCUAGAAGUAGCAGCAGUAGUGGUGGUGGUUCGAGCUAUCCUAAACAGCAGUGGGGAACUGCAGGAGGUUCUCAAGCCGGAGGAGCCGGAAAACCUAUCGGCGGAGGUGGAUUUGCCGGUGGAGGAUCUCAAGUUGGUGGCGGAAACGGUUUCCGUCCUGGCGGUUCACAAAUCGGCGGUGGCGGUUUUGUUAACCCAGGAAGCUAUGGCAGCUACGGGUCUAAAAGCAGCGGAGUUGGAACCUCAGGUUACAGCUAUAAGUCCCCCGGGUACGGUACAAACUUCGGAACCAGUUUUCCCGGCGGAGUGGGCCGGUACGGGAGCAGCGGGAAGAUGCUUGGCCUGGGGGUCGGAGCUGGAUUCCUUGGCGGAGCAGCUGUAGGAGCUGUGGGUGGGCUUGCUGCUCUUAGCGUCUAUCACAGGUAUCAGGAGUACAAUCGACUGCUGUAUUUUCACCAGUAUGGACACUCGUGGAACAACCCUUACUACAACAAUUACCAACAAGGAAUCUGUAUUGGAGGGUGUCCUGUUAACUCCUACUGUACCUACGGUUUCUGUGAUUGUCGGCCCGGAUUUUAUAAAAAGUUUGGAUCCUGCUGGGCUAAUGGACAACAAGCUAUAGAUCCUAGAAUAGGGGAUCCAUUUACUGCUUGUGGAACAGAACAGGAUUGUCAAAAGAUUGAUAUUAAUCUGAUCUGUAAUACAAACCUUACUUUACAGGCCGGGGGCAGAUGUGAGUGUAGGAAGGAUAUGAGAUGGAAUCAAGCAAAUUCAGGUUGUCAGCUGUACCUGGAUGUUGACUGUAGUAAGAUCACUUAUGACACCCCACCCUCUCCAACUGUUCUGGCAGCUGUCAAUUCUACUCUGGAGAAGAUAGAACAGCUAAACAGCACAGCUAAAUCGGAGAACAACAGCACAGCUACAUCGGAGAACAACAGCACAGCUACAACGGAGAACAACAGCACUGCAACAGAUUUAAAUAGCACAACAACCGAUGCGAACAGCCCAGCGACUAAUUUGACUAGCACCGAUAGUGUGACUAUAACUGAUACCAACUCGACUUUGAAAUCAAUCAAUGAAACGCUGUCAACUAGUCUACUUAGCAGCAUAGAUCCAACCAAGGCUAGUGAGGCUGAUUUAAAGGAAGCAUUUUGUCGAGAUAUUGAUACAUUUAGCUGGGAGCUGGCUCAACCCCAAGUUAGGCAGGAUCAGACGACUGAGACUGGUAUAAACGGGACUGGACUGGGUAUAGGACUAGCUGUUGCUAUUCUAGUCCUCGGCUGCUGUUGCCUCGGGUGCUGCCUUAAACGAGUUAAAGACUGCUUCAGGUCUAAUAAAGCUCAGUAUGCUGAUGAGUUGGGUCCUGUUAACUUCAACAAAUAUGAUAAUCAAGUAACCUCUUAUCAGGAUACGCCUAACUAUUCCGCCGCUGGGAGUCAAGUCCAUCUUGCUUCCGCCGCUUAUGGUGGCGGAAUGUAUGCCCCAGCUGAUCCUGCAUACUCUGGUGGCGGACAUAUGCCUUAUCCCAUGGCGGAUCAAGGAAAUCUACCCUACCCUCCGCAGCCGAAUCAAAACCAACCCUACCCUCCCCAACCCAAUUCUAAUCAGCCCUACCCCCCUCAACCGUAUCAAAACCAACCCUACCCUCCCCAACCUACCCAGACUUACCCUCCUCCAUACGCACCAUAAACCUGUAGUCUUCCACUAGUAUCAUGUUAGGGGUAUAAAUUCUUGAAAUUUCUUCUUAACAAAUUUUUUCCUCACAAAUGUUUAGUAGUUUAGUACAUUGGUCGGCGUUUAUAUCAAUACAAUAAAGACGAUUUUUCUAGAAAAGUUUUUAUUUCCAAUAAGCUUUUUUUCAAAAUAAAUACUAAAAGAAUCUUAUUUAUGACAUUUUCUCUUGGUUUCCAUUUAGUGUGCUUCCAAGUUGUUUGAAAGCUUGGUUGAAAUUAAAAUAGAAAGUCGUGUUUAUUGUAUUGAUAUAUGCGACGACCACUGUAUGUUUGUAAAAAAAGUUCACACUUAAUGUCCACCUAUAUUUUUUCAGAGGAUCAAAAAUCAUAUUUUAAAUUUCAUUGCACUGUUUGUGACUACAAUAUUUAUGUUUUAUUCCAUUGUAUUUUUUUAACAUUUUUUUCAGUUUUUAAUGAAUAUAAGCAAGUUCUGCCAUAUUUUUAUUUACACAUAAAGUUUUACUAAAAUCCCAAAGAGGAAUGUAAACAAGCGCAUUACUGCUCAUUCCUCCCAGAAUCUGCAGUAUACCUUAUUUGUAAACAAAGUUAUGAGAGUGCUUUGCUUAUUCCUUGCUAUAAUCCCGACCAAUUAAUUUUUCAAGAUUGUCGACUGUCGACGAUUUAUUAUUAUAAAAAGUUCACUUAAGGUAUUUUCCUGGAAAUCCCUCCCCCGCCCCCUUCCCCCCCCAAAAAAAAGAAAUUACUUAAUGUCGUGAAAUUAUAAUGGUUUUAUAUUUUUUAUUUUUUAUUAAAUUUUGCCUAAUUUUACAAGGGAUUUUUUUUAUCAUGAAGGAUUAUAAUACCCUAACCCAAAAAUUUAAAGAGUUAUUUAAAAUCUAUUUUUAUGUAUCAUUUGAUUUUUCUUUCACUCUAAAUUUCUUUGAAAAAUAUUUGCCUGAAUUUUUACAUUCUUCAAAGAACGAUUAAUAUUUUCAAGAUUUUUCGUCAGCCUACACGACAUAUAAACUCUUUCAGUCUUUUGUGGACUUCUUUUUGAGAUUAAAAAAGUUGUGUGCUAACCAAUUCCGUCCAUGAACUGAAUUCGAAUUUAAUAUGAUGUGAUAUUGAUAUUUUUUGUUAUAGUUUUAAGACAAAUAGAUAGAUAUGUGAUAUUUUAA